GGGUAACAGGAUUCGUUUCGAGCAGAGUGUCAGUGGCUAGUGAGCCAGUCGGAACCUCGGCAUCGAGAGAAGAUCACGCGAAGACCGUCCGUCCGGAGCUUACGACCCCGUCAUCGCCCAUGCCGGCAUUCAUCUCGCGACACCGCGACUCCGUUGAUCAACGCCGACGACAGCCUUUAAGUUCUUGGGGUAUCGAUUUUUGAACCUUAAUCUCCUCUCUCCCCGGCGAGAGAACCGCGAUCUGGGGCAAAGCACCCCACCUCAGGUGAACACCGCACUCCUGUCUCUCCCUGGCCACGCGCCGCGAUCACCGAACAUUUCACCUGGUCCGGGCCGACCGUCAGGGUUUACUACCGAGGCACCGGGACGCCGUGGGUUCAGUCGGAAUCGUGCGCCGAAGAACAGUGGAGCGAUUCCUCCCGACACCCUCGACGAGCUCGACGAUCGUGCGCCCAGCGCAAAUUGCAUCGGUAAAUCAGAGUUCAGGAUUCAGAAUUUCAAUACCAGUAUCGUUGGUCCUUGGUAGGCCCACCGCGAUCCGACAAGGUGACGCUUUCGUCCCCGAAGCUUAACGCUAAUUUUUUUAUCAUCGAACGCGUUCCGAGCUCGAAAUCGGAUCAGGAGUCGGAGGUGCGCCGACCACGAUCCAUCGAUCAUAUCUUACGCUUCGCUGGGUAUAUUUCUGCGAAUACUCGGUUCAAGUUGUGACGCACAGGAGGCUGAUACCAUCGGAAGUGAGGGUGAGGGAGCGACAUGAGGUUGUCGAUGCUGCUACCCCUUUUGGGGCUGCUCGCGCUUGGAUACGCUGAAAAAUGCCCCAGGCAAAGAACAUCGCCGGGAAAGGAAAUCCUGUGUUACACGUCCAGCAACGACCCCGAAGAAUUGGCAGACGUCAUUUGCAAAUGUACAACGCUCGUUCACCAGGGACAUGAACUCCACAAUCUCACAACCGCUGGGAUUGAGGAGCUCCAGAAGGUCCUCAAGGAGUCGAAUCCUGUUCUCCAGUUCGUCAUAUCCGUGACGGACCCGCAACGCUCUCUCAGGACGUCCGCAACGACGCGCCAGGCGGCGUCGGGACGCCUCGCCAAUAUUCUGUCACAGGUGGACGGAGUCGAACUCGACAUGACUGCCGGGUCCAAGGAACGUCUGACCCACUUCGUCAAGGGACUUAAGGACGAGAUGACCAGGAAAUCCAACGAGAAGAGGAUAUUGUUGGCGCUUCCAACGAAACCGGAGGAGCUUGCGAAGCAGUACGAUAUUAAGGCCUUGGCAAAAUACGUUGAUCUCUUCACUAUGUCGACCAACUACCUCUUCGACGAAACUGAAUCGUCCAACACCUUCCACCCUUCUCGACUCAUGGGUAUCUUCGAUAUGCUCAACACCGAUAGCUUGGUCGAUCUGGCCAGCGGUUUGGGAGUGCCGAAAAAGAAGUUGCUCAUUUCUGUACCAGCUAGCGCCUACAAAUUCACCCUGAAAACGAAGGACAAGACAAUUCCAGGAUCACCGACUGAAGAAAAAGAGCCAACGGUCAUCAGCCAGAAAGAGCUCUGCGAUUUGAUGAGCGCGGGUGAAUGGACCGUCGAAAGGGACACGGACCUGACCGCCCCUUACGCUUUCAAGGAUUCCACGUGGAUCGCCUUCGAGGACAAGACCUCGGUCGGAAUAAAGGGCAAGUACGUCUUGCUACGGGAACUUGCUGGUCUGGGAAUUCACGACGUCGAGAAUGAUCAGAAGAACAACUGUGGUAAGCCGAUUACCUACGAGGUUUACCAUUCCUUUACGGACAUGAAAAGAAAGACACGUGGCGCAGUCUUGGCUUCGCUGGAGAAUGACAUCCAUCAUAUGGAAAUCCCCACAUCGAGGCACGUCAAGUCCUCCGGAUACAGGAUCGUCAGAGUAGUCGAUACGGCUGGUGCAAUCCAUGCGAUCCGUGAGAACACGCAAACCGAGUUCAUAUGUACCAGACAAGGAUAUUUUGUGCAUCCGAAGAGUUGUAACAGAUUCUACCGUUGCGUCAAGUUCGAUCAGGGAGUCGACGACUUCUCCGUUUUCGAAUUUGACUGCCCAGCUGGUUUGGCAUUCGACGAACGUACCGAGGUCUGCGUCUGGCCUGGAUCUCUGACUGAAGGAUCACCCUGUCCAGGAAGUAGUGAGAUUGCCCCAGUUCCUCGCGCUAGGUUCCAGUGUCCUGAACGUGACGGUUACUAUGCUGACCCUCAGAACUGCAGAUGGUUCUUCGCCUGCUUUGACUUAGGUGAACCAGAACCGAUGGCAUACGAAUUCCGCUGUCCCUUCGGCCUGGUGUUCGACGAACAGAAACUGAUCUGCGAAUGGCCAUGGCUUGUACCUGGCUGUGGGUCAUCAGGAUACUCGAGGACAGAGUAUGGGGGAGGAGAAUAUGGUAUUAGGCAGCAAGGACACGGAGCAGGAUAUGGACAGGGUUCGGGUAACGGAGAUGCGGGCUAUGGAGAUUAUUCUGGUACUGGCAUAGGCGGAGGUGGACAGUAUGGAUCAGAGUUUGACGGUCCCCUAUACAAAGGAUCUAAUCCCAGUGAAUCGAGGUAUUCCGAAACUGGAUCUGGCCAAUACGAUGGGGCAAAUAGAGAGCUUAAGUAUCCCGGGGAUGGAGGCUUUAGGGGGCAGGGUUAUUCAGGACAAGGAGCUGAUGGAUCAGGAUACUCUGGUGCGGAGGGUGCAGGAGGUGAAGGAGGCAUAGGAGGUGUGGGAGGCGUGGGAGGCGUAGGAGGUGUGGGAGGCGUGGGAGGCGUAGGAGGCGUGGGAGGCCCUGGAGGCAGAGGAGGUAUAGGAGGUAAAGGAGGUGUUGGAGGCGUAGGAGGUGCAGGAGGCAGAGGAGGCAUAGGAGGUAAAGGAGGUGUUGGAGGCGUAGGAGGUGCAGGAGGAGCCGGAAAUGACGGAGGUUCAGGAGCAGGAUCAAAAUAUUUUGGUGCGGGAGGAGCUGGAUAUGGAUAUUCUGGAGCAGGAAAUGCCGGAGGAGCUGGAUCUAGAUACUCUGGAGCAGGAGGCGUGGGAUCUCAGUAUUCUGGUGCAGGAGGAGCGGGAUCUGGAUAUUCUACAGCAGGAAGUACCGGCGCAGCUGGAUCAAGAUACUCCGGAGGAGCAGGCCUUCGAUCUCAAUAUGCUGGCGCAGCAGGAUCUGGAUCUGAAUAUUCUGGAGCAGGAGGCGGUGAAUCCCAGUAUUCAGGCGCAGGAGGAGCAUCUCAAUAUUUUGGAGUAGGAGGUGAAGGAUCUGGAAUAUAUGGAGCAGGAGGUGCUGGAUCGAAGUAUUCAAGUUCAGGAGCAAGCUCUGGCUACUCUGGUACUGGAGGCGCGGGACUCGGACAUUCUGGUGCGGAAGGAGUGGAAUCUGGAUAUUCUGGAGAAGAUGGUGCUGGAUCUAAAUACUCUGGAGCGGGAAGUACUGGCACUGGAUCUUCAGGAGUUGCAGGUUCUGAACACUCUGAUGCAGGAUCUAAAUAUUCUGGUGCCGGAGAUAUAGGGUCUAAAUAUACUGGCAUUGGAGCAGGUGGAUAUUCUGUUUCUGGAGGUAAAUACUCUGGUGCAGGAGGAGCAGGAUCUAGCUACUCUGGAGUAGGAGGUAUCGGUUCUAAAUAUUCAGGCGCGGGAGGUGCAGGAUCUGUAUAUUCCGGUGCAGGAGAAGCAGGAUCUGGGCAUGCUGUAGCAGGAGGUGUUGAAUUUGGAUCUAAAUAUUCUGGUGCAGGAUAUGGACAUUCCGAAACUGAAGAUGCAGGAUCUGAAUACUCUGGUACCGGAGGUGAAGGAUCUCAAUAUUUUGGAGUGGGUAGUACAGGAUCUAGAUACUCUGGCACUGGAAACGUAGGCUCAGAAUACUCCGGUGCAGGAGGUAUAGGAUCUCAAUAUUCUGGAGCAGGUAGUACAGGAUCUGCAUACUCUGGCGUAGGACGUACAGGAUCCAAGUAUUCUGGUUCAGGCAGUGCAGGGUCUAUACAUUCGGGAUCAGAUGGAAGCGCGUAUUCCGGAUCCGUAGGUGAUGGAUCAAAAUACGCGGGUGCAAACGGUGGAUCCUCGAUAUUGGGAACUGACGUAUCCGGCCAAGGGAGGUACACAGGAAGCACAUACACCGGGUACACGGGAUCAGGUUCAACCAGCUCAUCAGAUUCUGGAAUCUCAUCUGGCUCUGGAUAUAGCGGAGCUGACAGCAGCGGAUCAGGAUACUCGGAAGCUGGUGGAUUUGGUACGAAAUACUCUGGAUCAACCGGAAGUGGAUCUGACCACGGCGUGUACCCUGGUGAAGGCGUUUCAACCGUGACAUAUGGGGGAUCCAGAAAACCUGGAGUCGUAAUACAGCCGGUGCCUAUUGGGCAGAGACCCGGUUCUUCAAUUUACCAAACCGGAACAACGGGAAGCGGAUACGUUUCGACCGUCGGACAGACCGCGAGCAUUGCUGGAAAUAGCGGCUACAACGGGUUCAGUUCUUCUACCAAAUAUGGAGGGUCUGGCAAAGACGGACUCUCCGUUUCUGUUCAGACGGGAGGAUCCGGUUAUGGUAGUUCUUCGGGAGCAGCUGGAGAUUACUCUGGAGACCAUGGCAGCAGCAGCGGUUCCGAUGAACAGGACGUAGUCAACGGCGGAAUAAGUUCAGGUUCGGUGUUCUUGACCAAGACUAGUGGAAGUGGAGCCAGUGAAUAUGCUGGGCAACAAAACGUGGGGUACACCUCGUCGGGACAGAGUGACUUCGACGCACAAGAUGUGGUGAACGGAGGACAUAAUUCAGGUUCUAUUGUAGUGAGUGGGGCAACCGGAAGCGGAGCUGGCGGCUACACCGGUCAAGGAAUCAACUCCGGUUCAGUUGUUGUCACCGGAAGUACAGGAAGCGGGUACACCAGCAGACCCAUAACCGGAAACGCGUUCACCAGUGUCUCGAGCUCUGGAAGUGGGUACUCCACCCCUCUGACAACUCUCAAUCCAGCCUACAGUGUCUUCGGUACCAGAAAGCCGGUAACACCAGCGCAAGAAAUUUUCUUGCAAGCUGUGACCCCUGGAUACUCGGUCACAGGUUCCGGCAUUAAGACAAGCGUAACGUACGGUUCAUCUUCUGGAUCGAAGGGUGCAGGUGGCAUCGUAACAGGAUCAGGUUAUACUGGCGGAGUAACCGGAAGCGGCAAUUUCCUCGUCAACGAAGCGAACACUGAAUACCAUGGCGUGGGUUACGAAGGUGACCACGUUACCGGUAUCAGUGGAGGUACGUCAAGCAACCAUGGAAGUAGCGGAUACGUGGAUACUGGCUCAUCCAGUACGGUCAGCGAGGUUGGCAAGGGAGGAAUUUUCACUGGAACAACGACGUACCAUGGCAAGGGAGGAAGCUCGAGCAGCCAUUUGUCCACCAAGACUUCCAACACCAAUGGAAAUGGUAUUCGAGGUGGUUUCGUCACGAGUGACGUGCAUGCAGGAACAAUUCUAUCUCACGACGGCUCUUCGGGCACUGUCAUUUCCGGCAACGAAGAUGAGGGUUCGGCUUACGUAGGAUCCAGCACGCCUGGAUACGUCGAGACCAAUUCUGUGACUCCAGGAUAUGUCAUCAAUGGAGUAACGAAGACCGUUUAUGGUCAGAGCACGCCUGGAACAUUCAUCACGGGAACAGCCGCACCUGGAGUUAUUUAUCAAAGUAAUGCCGGUCCUAGUUCUUACGUUGAAGGGCAGACCUAUAAGGGAGCCGGCGCCCGCGGCUCUACAGUGAAUGUUGCUGGUGUCAGAGGAUCGACCACAUACUAUGGCAACACUGGUGCCUCUCCAGGCAACAAGGGUGGAGCCUUCAGCGUUAACGGGGGCGUAAGUUCCAGUCAAGAUAGUGGUUACAAGACGAACGAAUACCAUGAUAACGGAGGACGCGGAAGCGUGACAUACAACAACGGCUACACGACUACAAAGUUCACCGAAAAAGAGCUCCAAGAUCGUUAUCCUACUUACGCUUCUUUGCCAGACACUAUCGUCUCAGGCGGAAGAAUAGAGGGAAGUAGAGGCGUAGUCCUGGGAAAUACUAUAGCCGGAUAUGACGGGCACACAAGCCAGCAAUUCACGAAGACUGGACCGACCAAGACUGGUAUCACGACCGCUCAAAUUGGCGGCACUGGAUCGUACGUUACCAACACAGGAUACCGUCGACCUACGCCAUCACCAACCCACCAGAACAUAGGCAGCCAAGCCUUCGCAACGGGUCAGGGAUCGAGCAAGGGGUACUCCACCAGUGGUGGUUCGAUCGGAAGUGACGUUAAUGGUCUCGCAUACGUCACGUCGACCGUCGCACCGGACGUGAGUCACAUCGACACAUCCAAGAUCAAUCUUGGCCCUGCAUCAACGGGUGGAUCAUCUGGCUACCGCUACACCAAGCCAUCGGUACAGUUUGUCACUGGAAGCGUAACAUCCUCGACUCCAACUCCGUUCUCCGUAACCUACCAGGAGCCCGUUGCUCCUCUUACCGUCACGACACCAGCCUCUCCACACUUGAACGUCGAAGUGUACAACACUCCGUCCGUCGUCACGUCGGCACCAAUCACGGCCGCCCCAGCCGUCGUCAACACUUACAGCUACAGACGGCCUUCCAGUGGAUACAAGCAACCUUCGUAUCAGACCACAGGUUCCUCAACUGGAAACUCUGCCUCCGGUGGCUACAAAUACAGACGACCAACUCAAACUCCUGUUUAUCAGGGUUCUGUCGAAGGUGACCAGCAGCUAUUCACUGUAAGCUCGACCCCAGCCCCGAUCGCUUUCGCUACGAGACCAGCGGACGUCUACAAAACGACUCUCUUCGAGGCAGCCAAGCUACCCGCUGCAGUUUCCAGUCUCGCACCAGUCUUCGACAACGGAUAUAAGACCGUCGUUUCGUCGACAGUUGCUCCGGUCGCUGUCACGACCGGUCAGUACUUCUACAAGGACAGCAGAUUUGAAACAAGUUCAGCUGUAAGCGGUCUGACGUCCGACAAAUUUGACAUCGACAACCAGCAGCCUGGUACAGUGUUUCAGAAAAUACCCUUCGGCUCGACACCCACUCCCAACACCGAGGACGGCUACACUUACGAAAAACCAACGAAUCAGCUCAGCUACAAUUCUCCAAGCACCGUCACUCCUUCAGUGACCAUUCAUCAGCAACCAAAAUACAACAUCGGAGGUCAACAGGUUAAAUACGCUACGGUCAGCACACCUGCUCCAGACUUUGAUGGCUCGUACCAAAGACCGUCUAUCCCUGCCCGUCCAGCUGCGAAGCGACCGACUUACCAGAAAGAAUUCGGCUCCGUGUCCACGUCCUUCUCCUCUGCAGGAGCGCAAGGUUACCAAUACUCGAAGCCAGCGGUGAAAUUCGUCUCUUCGACCGCAAGUCCCGACUAUACAGGUAGCCGUGGUGGCUCUCCGACUAAUUUAGAUAUCCCACAAGACGAGGUCAAGAAACUGAUCGGCAACUAUGAACGCGGUAGCGUCAAGUACACUUCGAAUUCAUACGGUGACGAGAGCAUCGGAAGUGUCGACAACUCAGGAGCUUUCGGCUACAAGGACUUCGGCAAGAGGCCGAGCGUCACCCCGACAGUCUUCGUAUCCUCAACGGCGUCGCCCUCCUACGAACCAACGACUCCGGACUCUAAUAUUCGCUCAAAUGCCUACGGCAGGUACUCUUCGAGCAGAGUGAGCGGUUCAUCCGGUUACAGAGGUGCAGGCUACUACUCUUCGCAAGCUCCAUCGUACGAAAUCUCAACGGUGCAGACACCGACGAAAGAAGGAAAGGGCAAAGUGAUCGUGAAAUUGAGUGACCUGCACCCUCUUCUGCUGGGAAAACUCGGCGCUCAAUGUACCUGCAGGUCGGAUCCGUUCGAGACGCUUCGUGGUCCAGGCGCCAAAUCCAUCCUGAUAAAAUCCAACAAGGGAAAGAUUGACUUGUCGAAGUACGACGAAUCCGACGUUUACGUAGACCUUGAAGCCGAUCGCGAACCCGGCCAAUCCGUCGGUUAUUACAGAUCCCCGACUCCAGGACCCUCCGCAUCGUCCUUAAGGACUCCAGCGACCGCCAUCUUCGGCGUAACAACUCCGGCGCCUCCGCAGGUCUUCAGGUCUCGCGGCAAGCCGUCUACCGCCUACCUUCCGGCUGUUUCGACCCCCUCAACGAUCGGUGGUUCUUCCGGUCCGGUAAUAGUUGUUCCUGAUGACGGGGGCCUCGGAAGCCCGUCGGACAUCGCUGAUACCCAAUUCGUCGCCGCUCCAGAAGGCUUCGUUAAGGAAGGUGCUCCCGUAGGUCGCACUGCAGGAGUUAGAAGGAAGAGUGGAAGGACUUCCGGAAGCGCCGGAGCGAUCGGAAAUGCUAUCGGCGGCGCAGGCGCCGCGUUCGAUCGGUACGGACCAGGCGGAUGGCGAAACGACGACGAGACUCUUCAGGGCGGCUCGGACUGCGCCAGAGCCGGACUUUUCCGCCAUCCGAAGUACUGCAACAAGUUCUACGCCUGCCACUACGACGAGUGGAAGCAGAAAUUCACACUCCACGUCUUCAACUGCCCGGUUCACCUCAGCUUCGACAGCACCGCCGGUGCUUGCAACUGGCCCACCACGGGACCUGCUUGCCAAGACGACAAUCUUCUCGUUUAAGAAAUCCCCCAUUACGGUGAUUACAAGAGCCGCUUUUGCGCGGUUCGUUAUACCCCAAGAUCCAAGGUUCAGCUUAGAAUUCGAUUUACGUAGUGAAAGGUUUCGCGGCUUGAAGAUUUUUCGCAAAAUUAUUCAUCGCAGUAUCGAGAUCAAAGUCAUGCUUGGUACCGUUUUACAGCUUGUAACUUUCAUUGUGUAAACGAGAAAACGAACGUUGUGAAUUACUGUCUCUCUUUUUAUACACUUCUUCGGAGUCCCGUUCUCUACAACCGCAGCACUAAAUAUUCCGCGACAAUUCAAACCAGACACGGUGACAGCGAGCGAACACGUCCAACGUUCCGUGGGUGAAAGUAGCUCGCAAUUAUCGGCUGGAACGCCGCGUAGCUAUAACAGCGAAAAAGUUGAACCUUGUAUUUAACGUGUAUACUGAAUAACAUUUAUAUAUAAUAUAUAAAUAUAUAGGCGUAUCGUAUAGGUAUACAUAUAAUAUACACGAAGAAAUCUGUAUGCUUAUAUAGAGCAGUGUAAAUAUUUUACGUUUCUACGUUAAUUUCUUCUGAAUUUGUAUAUAUUGGGACAUGCGUAUUUUUUGGACAAAAAGAAAAAAGAGACACAAGAGAGAUAUGAAAAAGUAAUAAGACUUGUCCCGCGAUUGUCGAGUGAUGUACGGCGCUACAGUGAUCUGGUGCAAAAUUUGUAUAUAUAUAUAGAAGAAGAAAAAACUUGUUUGAGUUGCAUCGAAGGUUCAGUAAUAUUUCUGUUUCUUCUGUUCGGAGAUUCAUGAAACAUCGUUGAAAUACUCAUAAUUGAAAGAGUGAUAAUUGUUUGUUUGUUUUUUAAUCUAUCGCUUUGAUAUUCUCAUUUUCUCGCAUAAUUUUCCGCCUUCUGGAUGGUCAUUUGCUGAUAUGUAUCGAUUGUCCAAAAUUGGAUUAAUCGCUCGUCUGAUUUUUUAUCUCUCUAAUCCUAACGAUCAUUUCGAAUUUUUUAUUCGCAGGAUUAUUUUUUAUCGUUUUUAUAAAUGUAGCUGAAUUUUUAUUCCUUCUUCACGAUAUGUUUAACGAAAUCCUUUUCUCUUAUACCUAUUAUAUUACGUAUACUCUCUGAUAAUAAUUUAUUUAUGCUUUUCAUUAGCGAGUAAGGAAAUUCAGUAUAACACAAAGUUAUGAAAAGAUUUAUAAAUGCAUCAAAACAUUAAAUUAACGUUUUGAUGAACAUAUAAUAGUUAUCAAACCAAUAAGUAUAAACGUUAUAAGACAACUCGACAGAUAAUUCACGUCCAGCUUAUAACGAGAGUAUUGCACGUUUGGUAAUACUGAAGAAAUAUUCUUUUUUCUCGUCUGUAUUUUUUUUUUUUUUUUGUGUUUUUCUACAACCGCUGUUGAAUCGCGCUUAUAAUAUAAUUACCGUGCCAUUACUUUACGGUUACUUCUUACAUAAUAAUAUUUUACUGAAUAAAGAAUAUAAAUUAA